CACUACCUCGCCAGCCAUCAUGUCUCGUCGAUGAUCAUCUUCGAUGUUGAUGAUGAUCAUUUUUUUUCUCGUUUACUUUGGCAACAAAGAAUGGGCGGUUUUUUCGUUCUUCUUCAACUUCUUCAUCAAUGGGCGGUACUUUCAUAUUGUUCGAAGAUUCGAAUGUUUUUUUCGUAUUUAAGAUUCUGCAAAAUUCAGGCUAUUUUUACUCCAUCAUCAUCCAGGACGAUCACAUUUGGAUUCGAAUCUUUUUCAAUGAAUAGUAAUUUUAUCGAAAUGGACAACGAAAAUAUCAAUGUCAAUGGUGAAAUAAAAACUGAAUUUAUUGAUUUGGAUGCAACCGCAACGAUGAAGAUGACGAAACCAACAACAAAAUCAAAACGAAAAUCCGCAAACGAUGAUCUGGUGGUGGCCGAAAAUGGUAAAAAAUUGAAAAAAUUGAAACGAAAAAAUUCAAAAGAAGAUGAUAAUGGUGAUGGUGGUGGUGGUAAACAACGAAAAUCGAAUAAAAAAAUAAAAUCCGAAAAUGAUGAGGUUUAUGAAAACCCCCAUCAAAAUCAUUAUCAACAACAACAACAAUCGAUAAAAUCUGAAAUAAUCAAUUCGAAUGAAAAAAUACGGAUGGAUGAAGAAUUUGAUUAUUAUCGAUCAAUGAUGAUGAUCGGUAAUAAUGGUGAUGAGCAACGAUUUUUGGAUGGCAAUGUUGAUGGCAACUAUGAUGAUGAUGAUGAUGUGGAUCAACAAAAUUCAGAAUCAUCAUCAUCAUCAUCAUCAUUAUCAACAAAAAGUUCAUUAAAAGAACAACGUGUUAAUGCAAAUGUACGUGAACGUUUACGAACAAAAUCAUUGAAUGAAGCAUUCGGUCUAUUAAGACAAUUAAUACCAACAUUACCAUCAGAUAAAUUAAGUAAAUUUCAAACAUUAAAAUUGGCAUCACGUUAUAUACAAUUUUUAGAUUGGAUGUUAUCAUCGGAAAAUUGUCAUGACCAACAACCACCAUCAAUGAUCAACGAUCAACCACCAAAACAACCAUUAAAACAACAAGAACCAUCAAUUUGUUUUGAUAAUAAUGAUCGUUUACCAAGUUUUUAUGAAUUAAAUUCAUUAUCAUCAUCAUCAUCGAAAAAAUUCAACAAUCAUCAUCAUCAAUCAAUGAUAACCGUACCAUCACAGCAACCGCAACCGCAACAACAAUUUAAUCUACCAAAUGAUGAUCAUUAUGUUGAUCAUUAUCCAAUGCCAAUGAUAAUGCCACAACAUCAUUCACCAACGUCAUUAUCAUCAUCAUCAUUAUCGUCAUCAUCGUCAUUAUCACCAAAUUCACAAUCAUUAUCAUAUUUAAAUCGAUUACCUAAUAAUAAUAAUAAUAAUAAUCAAUCAUUGAUCGAUACAUCAAAAACGAUUGAUACAUUUAUAUCAUAUGCAUUUUCAAUGUGGCGUAUGCAAGCUGAUACAACAACAACAACAACAACAAUGAUACCAACAUCGGCUGCAACAACAACAACAGUGGCCGUGACAAUGGAUGAUCCAAUGUUAAUCAAUUAUCAUCAUCAUAUGAAUCAUAUGAAUCAUAAUGGUCAUCAAUCAAUCGAUCAUCAAUACGAUAUAUAA